GCCAUUAUUUGGUAAAUAGCAAACUCAUGCCAAUGCGCACGAAGGAGCAAUCCGCUGCUAUAUGUGGCCUCUGUCUUCCUUCUAUUCCAGUCGAGCAGUUCGCAGCUCAGAAGCGGGGGUUGCUGUCAAACGGGCGCACAUUCCAUGACGCGAAAAGGAGCUGCCAUUGGCCUGCUGCUGGUGCUCGUCGCCGCAUUGCUCCACCACGUUCAGUUGGCACAAGCAGUCGAUGCCUGCAACGUGUGCACGUGCUUGGGAACGACUGUCAAUUGCACUGGUACAUCUCUUUCCACGAUUCCGAGCGGAAUCCCAGUCUCCACCACGGGACUGUACCUGGCAAGUAACAGCAUCACCAGCAUUUCUACAAGCGCUUUCACUGGCUUGACUGCACUGACAGAAUUGGAUUUGCGAAACAACCAGAUCACCAGCAUCUCUGCAAACACUUUCGCAGGUCUGCCUGCGUUGAAUGUCUUAGCUCUGUCCGACAACCAGAUCACGAGCAUUUCCGCCGCUGCUUUUACAAGCCUGUCUGCGCUGCAUGCUUUGAUUUUGAAUAGCAACCCCUUCACCACUUUGCCGCCUGGGCUGUUCAAGGGCCUGCCGAAUGGGCUAAUUUUGUCGUUUUAUUCGUCCCAGUUUUUCCAGUCGCUGCAGCCCAACAACUUUACCUUUGGUGAAAAUGCUGUCGCUCCGCCCAGCACAUACGGUAGUGCAUCCGAGCCAUACCAGUGUGAUACAGCUUGUGCCACCUGCUAUGCAUCUGGGUCGAGUUCGUGUUGCGGGAUGAAUUGUCUGAGCUGCACUCCAUCCGCCGUGUGCACCCAGUGCUAUGAAGGGUUUGCCGUGCUGAGUGGGUCUUGCGUGUCGCUCGCGGUCAUCGUCUCCGUCGCCUCCGUUGCGUCAGCCGCGUCCGUGCAAUCUGCAUCGAUUGUAUCCGCUGCGUCAGCUGCGGCAAGUGCAUCGGUCGCCUCCGUAGCUUCUGUGCAAUCAGCCUCCGCUGCCUCGAUUGCUUCAACCAGAUCUGUGUCGAUUGCGUCCAUCGCCUCAAUCGCAUCAGGUGUUCUCGCGACCUCGGCAUCCCUUGCUUCCCUUGCUACUGCGUCUUCAGCAUCGCAGGCGUCCGCAUCCGUCGCAUCUGCUGCUUUCGCCACCUCGGCGUCUAUUGCUUCCGUUGCAACUGCAUCCUCGGCUUCAUUUGUGUCUGCUGCUCGCGCGUCGUCGGCAUCUGUUGCUUCUCAUGUUUCCGCCAUCUCGGCGCUCUUGGCUUCUGCUGCGUCAACCGCAUCGGCAUCUGCUGCAUCUCUUGCAUCCUCCAUCGCACAACACGGCGGUGGUGGCGGCUCCCAGAACUCAUCGUCAUCAUCAACAGCUGCCAUUGCUGCUGCUGUCGCGUCUGCUGCAGUUAUUGCGGUACUCGCUCUCGUGUUUGUCGUCUUGCGCCGUCGUCGAUUGCAGCGCUCAGGCAUGCGUCCAAAGGACUCUGGCGGUCCCAUCUAUCAAGAAGCUAUUGCAAUGACAAUCUCGUCUUUGAACCGUUCGAUUCGAUCUGACAAGGAAGAGGACAUCUCUGCAUACGCUGUGGUUGGUCAAAAACAGCCAGAGCCUCUGUACCAAGUCAUCUCGACAAGUACCUCUGCUGAGGUAGUCUAUGAUUAUGCAAGCGCGUAUGUUGCCGGCAGCAACUCUCGUCGCAUUCGUGAAGGCUUGACCAUUGUGAAGCACCUUGCCAGUGGGAACUUUGGCGACGUGGCACUGGGCCAAGUGCCUUUCAACGUGCUGCCUCCAAGAGCACAAACCCUGCUUGGAACUGCCACCUCCGAGUCGGUUCAAGUUGCAGUCAAGUCCCUCAAGUCCAACGCGGAUGACAAAUCUCGUCAAGACUUUGAGAGCGAGGCGAAACUGAUGGCUCCAUUUGUGCAUCCGAAUGUCGUGCGCCUGCUCGCAGCUCUGGUCGAGUCAGAGCCGCAUCUCGUUCUGCUUGAGUUUGUGCAGUACGGCGACUUGCGCACGCUGCUGCAAAAGUCCAAGCUCCAUUCGCUGUGGUGGACGCAGAACGAGCAGACUCACGCCAUUCGUCAGAUUGCUCUCGGCAUGGAGUACCUGGGUACGCUCCACUUUGUGCAUCGCGACCUUGCCGCGCGCAACUGCCUUGUUGGCAAGGGGAUGGUGGUCAAGAUUGCCGAUUUCGGGCUUUCUCGCGAGAUGGCCUCCGAGAACGAGUACUAUCGCAUGCAAACGCGUGGCAAACUUCCUGUGAAGUGGAUGGCCCCGGAAACAAUGACCUUCCGCAAGUUUUCUUCAAUGUCGGAUGUGUGGUCGUUUGGUGUGACUGCCUGGGAGUGCUUCAGCUAUGGCACAGCGCCGUACGGCCCGUUGAACGGCAUGGAGACUUUGGCUCACGUGGAGGCUGGCGGUCGCUUGCCCCAGCCGGAGCACUGCUCGGCUGAAAUGUUUAGCCUGAUGUUGAGCUGCUGGGACAUGUCGCCUGAAAAACGCCCGACAUUUUCUCAGCUCGUCAAGGAGCUGACGUUGGCUCAGGAUGGGGCGACUGUCCGCGAAAUUGGUGACAUGCUGUGAAAGUGGGCUCGUGUUUUGUUGUUUCUUGAAAUAUCGCGCAAUUUGGCAUUUGAGGCACUCAGCUUGCAUUUGAAGUCAAAACAAAAAUCAC